GUUUGUGCGGGCGGAGAUGGAGACAGUUAGAAAGCCCGCGUCCCUUCCAACCCUUCUGAAAGAAGUGCACUGAGCUGUGAUUUGAAGGAUUGGUUCGCCACGACUCUAAGCCAGCACUAAUAACGUGUAACGGCAGAUUAUAGUCUGCGGGAUAAACGACUCCUUUUCUUGUCUUGAAUUAAGAACUGCACCGGGGACCAAAGGUAAAAGGACGGCAUGUCGUAUUCUAAUGAUGAAGCUGACGGGUUUCCCAUGUACAGUUUGCAGGAACAGGAAGAUGCCACGGGUUAUAAUGGAUCAGGCAUUCCUUGCAGUCCCGAGACUGACAGGAAUAAUUCUACUCUUCCGAGAAAUGCUGCAUCUAUGGCCUGCUCGGAGACGCUCAAAAACAAUUCGUCGACCCGCUUUUACCGACCUUACUUGACCAAGACUAGCGUGCAGGGAGAUGUGUACAACUUCUUAGAAAGACCCAGCGGUUGGAAGUGCUUUUUGUAUCAUUUCUCUGUAUUCUUGAUGGUGUUGAUUUGUUUGAUCUUCAGUGUGCUAUCUACCAUAGACCAUUAUGCUGAUUUUGCGACAGGAACUCUCUUUUGGAUGGAAAUUGUAUUAGUGGUAUUUUUUGGUGCUGAAUAUAUAGUACGGCUAUGGUCUGCAGGCUGCAGGAGUAAAUAUGUCGGUGUUAAAGGAAGAAUUCGGUUUGCCAGAAAACCUAUUUCAAUUAUAGAUCUGAUUGUAGUGAUUGCAUCCAUCAUAGUGCUCAGUGUUGGAUCAAAUGGCCAAGUGUUUGCCACAUCUGCUAUCAGGGGUAUUCGCUUCCUUCAGAUCUUACGGAUGUUGCAUGUAGACCGGCAAGGUGGUACUUGGAGACUUUUGGGAUCUGUUGUAUUCAUUCAUCGCCAGGAACUCAUAACGACACUAUACAUAGGUUUUUUAGGUCUGAUUUUUUCUUCCUAUUUCGUGUACCUGGCUGAAAAAGAUGCAGUUGAUGAGAAAGGGAUGACUGGGUUUGGAAGUUAUGCUGAUGCUUUAUGGUGGGGUGUGGUAACAGUUACAACAAUUGGAUAUGGCGACAAAGUUCCACAGACGUGGAUUGGAAAAACAAUAGCUUCCUGUUUCUCUGUUUUUGCAAUAUCUUUCUUUGCACUUCCAGCAGGUAUACUGGGAUCUGGAUUUGCUCUUAAGGUUCAACAGAAACAACGUCAAAAGCAUUUCAGUCGGCAGAUACCUGCUGCAGCCUCUCUCAUUCAAACCUUAUGGAGAUGUUAUGCUGCAGAGAAGACCCAUAGCUCCACUGCUACAUGGAAGAUGUAUGUAAUGCCUCCCGAUCACACUUCCAAAAUAUCAGCAACAUCAUCCAGUCCACAAAUAAGAAAACAGCUCAAGAAAUAUAAAAGAAAAUGCAAAACUGGAAAUGAUAAUGAGACAGCACUCGUGGUGAAUACCGGAGAACGUGCUCUUUCAAUACCACGGAUAACCUAUGACCAUAUUGAUGAAAAGGAAGACAAGAAAGAAGUCACCUUUUUUAUUGAUGAGCCUGCUGAGCCCCAAGAGGGUCUUUCAAGGAUGUUUAGACAAUCUGGUCGACAGCUUUCCUGGUCUUCCUUAACCAUCUGUACCUCAAGCUGUCCCUCAUCACCAGUAAGAAAACGUGUCAUUGAGGGAAAUCCAAAUGAUAUUUCACGGACCAGCAGCUUUACUGAUGGAGUGGACUUGAUGGGUGAAGAAUCAGCACUGCCUGUGGUGACAGAUGUAUUACAAUUAACAGAAGCACAUAGAGCUGCUAUAAAAGUUAUUCGACGUAUGCAGUAUUUUGUCGCCAGGAGAAAAUUCCAGCAAGCUCGAAAACCUUAUGAUGUACGAGAUGUUAUUGAACAAUAUUCCCAAGGACACCUGAAUAUGAUGGUCCGGAUCAAAGAACUACAACGAAGGUUGGAUCAUUCUCUGGGAAAACCUGCAUUUUUUCUUUCAGAAAAGGGACUAGACAAAGGUUACUACACUGCAGGAGCCAGACUGAUUCGUCUGGAAGAUAAGGUAAAUGCAUGA